AUGCACCGUGGUCGGAUGCUGGGAGGAAGUUCCUGCUUGAAUGCCGCCAUAUACACCCGAGGGAACCGCAAGGACUACGACAACUGGGCCGCCUUGGGGAAUCCCGGCUGGUCCUUCAACGACCUCCUCCCCCUUUUCAUCAGGGCUGAGAAUUUCCUCGUGAAAGAUGUCUCUCCCGGAGAUGCGGCGUACCACGGGACCGAAGGAUAUCGUGGUUACUUCCCUGUAUCCCACCCAUACCACACUGAGCUCCUGCCGGCAUUCAUCCAAGCUGGGAUGAGCCUGGGUUUCCCAUACAAUCACGACUACAACGGCGCCUCUCAGAACGGCUUCAGCAAAGCGCAAAUAGCGACAGAGCGAGGAAUCCGGCACAGCACGGCCAAGGCGUAUCUGACGCCUGUGAGGCAUCGCAGGAACCUCCACGUCGUCCUCAAUACCGUUGUCUCUAAAAUCGUGAUAGACGAGACGACGAUGACGGCGAAGGGGGUCGAGUACCUGACUGAAGGAGGUUCCACGCGCUUCGUAUCGGCGAGGAGGGAGGUGAUCCUGUCGGCUGGGGCCUUCGCGUCUCCUCAGAUCCUCAUGCUCUCUGGCAUCGGACCCAAAGCCGAAUUGCAAAGACAUGGGAUUCGUCCCCUGCUGAAUCUUCCAGUGGGAGAAAACAUGCAAAGCCAUGCGGGUUCUGGAGGACUCUACUUCAGCAUCGAGAAGGAAGCUGGGAUGUAUAUUCCGCACCUAUUGACGACUGGACUUCUUCCCAGCGUCCUUCAAUACGUCUCGAAGGGCGACGGACUGAUCUCGGCCGCCUCGGGCUUCGAGGGUCUGGCCUUCGUCAAUACGUCCUUCGCCCGGGACCCGGCUUGGCCGGACGUGGAGCUUUUCAUGGCCUCUCUCACGGUCGGCACAGACGGAGGACUUCUGCAUCGGCACAGUUUCCGGCUGAAAGAAGAGGUGUGGAAUACGUACAGGGGAUUGCUGUUAAAACCAGGUUUUCAGAUUAUUCCUUAUGUCAUGCGACCGAGAAGUCGAGGGAAAGUUUUGCUACGCACUACGAAUAUCCUCGACCAUCCCAUUAUUGUUGGCAAUUUCUUCAAGAAUAGAGAUGAUGUCAGGAGAACAAUUGAAGCCAUUCGCUUAGUGUUGCUAUUGGGAGAGCAACCAUCAUUCAAGAAGUUCGGCGCCGAAUUCUACAGUGAACCCCUGCCUGGUUGCAGGCAUCUGAAACAGUUCACGGACGAUUACUGGGAAUGUCACAUCCGUCAUUCCACAUUUCUCAUUUGGCACGAAGUCAGCACGUGCAAAAUGGGGCCUCCCACCGAUCCCGAGGCUGUGGUGGACCCGACCCUCAGGGUGUACGGAGUUCGAGGGUUACGGGUCGCAGAUGCAUCCAUCAUGCCGGUGAUCACCACGGGGCACCCGAUGGGAACCUGCAUCGUCAUCGGGGAAAAGGCCUCCGAUCUCAUCAAGUCAUUCCAUAAUCUGUGA